AUAUUGAUUCUUAAAAAAAGAAAGAAAAUGAUAUGACUUCUCAGGUAUUUUUUUUGCCACAAACUUGAUCGAAAGUUAAACAUCACGGUGGCACAUUCCUUUCAGCUUGCUUCAGAAAUUCCAACAGAUUGACAACGCAAAGUGGAAUAAACUUGUUUUUUCAGAUCAACCCUGGAUAAACCUUUGGUGAUGUCUGAGAGUUAUCAGCAUCAGUGAUAGGGAGAGCUGGCAGGUAUAAAAGGACAAACAGAAACGUGGAGACAACCAUGAAGUACACGCCGAAGACCCAGAUGGAGAAAACAAGGAUGAUUGUCCUCUCUGUCUGCUUGUCCUUCACGUUGCUGGGCUGCACUGAGGCGCUGCAUGUUACACCCCCUUGUAACUCCUGUACAAAUGGAACGGUGAACGGCAGCAACACAACUGCACCCGUGCCCGGUCACCACUCCACUCACGUGACCUCCAGCCACAGUCCAGCCGCUUCCAACUCCACCACCACACCUACCAACGCUACGUCCCAGCAGCCCGUGCGUCCACCUGUAGCCACGAGUCCACCUGGGAGCGUUGGCACCAGCUGGCCCUCGGCUUCCCCUGUGCUCGGGCCCUGCAGUCACCUGCUGGUGUCUGCGACAUCAGUUCUGAUAUGUGCUGCAUUGGGAUAAUAUUGUUUCACAGGGUCCCAUUUCCUCAAUAGAUAGGCUGGAUCUUCGACGAACAGCUUCUCAUUGAAUGUCUGAUACUGUGACUGUUGCAACAUGUAAAUGCUAUGAAGUGCUUUGCCUGCACUGAGCUCUUUUCUGCUUUAGAUCACCUCUCAAUCCCAAAACAUGAUGUACAAUGCCAGGGUUCAGAUGUAAGCUACAUAAACACAGGAUAAGACAAUUCUUUGGAUGUUUUGGCAAAUAAAAUGCUAUUGGAAAUGCCA